GUUGGUCAGGGUGUCUCGGGUCUGAUUUCAGUACUAGGACAAUGGCUUGGCUCGUAUAUCUGAGCGCUGUUGUUCCCAGACUCGUUUUUAUCUUUCACGUCUUUAUCGCAGUUUGGCGGGUGGCUAGAGUAAUGAAUGACCCUAUGUACUGGCUUCUGCUGCUUUUGACUUUACUGAUCUUUGUAGAAAUGAUAGUGACCAUCGUCAUCCAGAAAGGAUCCGACUACAAAGGGUUUUCUCCAGCCCUGUUUUUUUAUCUGAUCAACAUAAUACCUCCAAUUUGGAUCCUCGAAGUAUGUCAGCUGCAGGAGCAAAUAAAAAGCAAGGAAUGUGAUGCUUCAAAGAAAAAUUCAACAUGUGCGUACGUUACCUAUCCGGGCAGAGUUCCAUGUGGAGAAAGGCAAAUGAAUUCCAGUUCCACAAUCAACUUUCAAAUUCUACAGAGUGUUGAUUGGAUUCUAGGCCUGCACCAGACCCUCCUGAUUAUACUUAUAGUCGGGAAAUGGAUACUGCCCAUGGGAAAAGGAGUCAAUCGAGACCAGCUAUCCCAACUGCUCCUAAUGUUUGUGGGGACAGCAGCUGACAUAUUGGAGUUUAAGAGUGAAACACUGUCAGAUAAAGGAGUCAGGUGCUGUGUUGAGCUGGUUUUUGCCAUUUUGGCCCUGUGGACAUGGAGUAUGCUGCAAUUUCCCUUGGAUCUUACAGUGAUGCAGGAAGAAGACGAGAAACCUACAAGAUGCCAUAUCCCAGUAUGGAAAGAAAAGCUAUACAAAUACAGAGCAGACCUCUGGACUAUAUGUAUAACUAUAUUUAUACAAGAUGGACCUUUUUUCAUUUUCCGACUGUUCUUAAUGUUAAAUAGAAAGAUAACUCACCAGAUGCUAUUAUUCUUCACAAUCAAGAAUAGCUUAGUGCUGACGCUGCAGAUUUAUCGGCUGGUUGUUAUAUAUUUAGAAAUACGCCAGCCCAAUCAGAAAGAAAACCAGAUGGUUACUGAGGCCAACGUUGCUUCUGAUCCCAUUGAGCUGGAUGACAUCCUUGAGUAAAAGGUGCUUCUAACUGGGGCAAGAAAAGGAAUACUAGAUGUGGACUUACCAAGAUUUUGCCAGCACCAUCAUGUCCAAUUGGUUGAGAUAGAAAGCUUUUCAUCAGAGUUGGAUCACAUGCUUGCUAAUGUGCCAAAGUAGGAGCGCUGGCAAGUAGACUUCCAGGAUCAUUUAGAGGAAUAUUUUCUCAGCAUGUGAUUUUAUGAGUUAGAGACAGACUGAUAUUGGUGUAUCUCCAGUUCUUUGACCAACCCUCCCUCUUUGAAAGAAUAGGAUUAGAAAUGUAUCCCUUUACAACCCGGACACCCUGCCGUUGUCUCUGCUCAUCCAAAACCAAAUGAGAGGAUUAAUUUUUGAGCCACCUUUCAUCACCUUGGAGAAUCCAAAGCUAUCCCUUAUUGUACUAGAGGAAGUAUGGUAACUAAUUUAUGUACAGGAAUUGAACUUUGUAACAGAUAACUGCAGACUAAGCAUCAGGCGAAUCCCUCUUUGAUUCUUUGAUUAGUUACCACUUACAUUGAGAGCUUAACACCUUAUUCAGAAGAUAACUUCUUUUAAAGGUUCAGUGGUCACAUAGCUACCUGUCAAACUAAAGCCAAUGCAUUGUCUGUACUCUAUUUGUUUUUUAUCCUGUUUUAAAGUAACUAGUAAAUUUCAUAAAACCCCCCCAUGUGCCUUGUUUCAAAUUUUGGUUGAAUUAACAUUGUUAUUUCUUUGUAAGGAAUCAUGUGGAGUCGAAAAUGUAACUUUUUCUGUUUGUUGUGGGUUAUUCUGUGUUCACGUGCAUAGGAAGAGACAAACGAGAAUUACUGAUUAUCUGAAUAAAUGUAAAUUCCAUGAAUUCUUGCACUGUUGCUGCAGUGCAGUGAUUAGAUGGAGGCCAGCUUGUUCUUUGAAAACAGGGCGUGUGUGUUAAGUGAAUACUGUUGAAUGCGCAGUGUAUUUUCUAUACUGCUACUGUGUCCAAUCUGUGCAGACACUGAAUUUUUAACAUUUGAUAAAAAACAUUGGAGCAGUGUUUCCUUUUGUAAAUCAUCCGGUGAAGUCUCAUUGGAUUCAGUCUCUCACUUAAAGUCAAAUGUGCUUUGGAGCACAAGAAUAUAUUAGAUUGAAACAAAAACCAGAAAUAGAGCUAUUUUAUAUUUACCUGUUUUCCUUAUUUUAUAAUAUGUAGAUUAUUAAUAAUAGAUUUUUAUCAUAAUUUUCUGAAAUUACUGACCAGGCUCAAUCAGUAUUCAUCACAGGUUCACUUUUAACCUGAUCUUUUUCCCUCAUGUUUUCCACAAUGACAAUUUUACUUCCUGAUGCUCAUUCUGCGUUGUGGAGCCCUUUUGUUCAACAGAUUCACCUUCCCUUCUGUGAAUAUCUUCAGUCAGUGUGCUCCCCUUAAAUCCAAUAAUCGGCUGACUCUGACUUGGGAGGAAUGCAGAACAAAACACCAACUCGGGCGCCACGGUAGUGUAGUGGUUAACGCGAUGCUCUUCCGCUGGGGUUCAGAGUUCAAUUUCAGUGCCGUUUGUACAUUCUCCCCGUGAACCACUUGAGUUUCCUCUGCGUCCUCCAGUUUUCCGCUACAGUCCAAAGACAGAGGUUAAUUGGUCAUUAUAAAUUGUCGUGUGAUUAGGCAAGUGUUAAAUAGGUGGGUUGCUGGACGGUGUGGCUCGUUCGGCUGGAAGAGCCUGUUCUGUGCUGAAUCUCUAAAUAAAUAAAAAUAAAUAAUAAUCACACAUUUAACUGCCUUCAUCUCUGAAA